AUGAUGCAGGGGAAAAUGGUGCUGCCGCUGCUCCUCGCUCUGCUGGCGCUGGCCGCCACACUCCCCGCCCCCGCACUGGCGACGCCGUCGGAGCACAUAAUUGCGUUCAACGGCUCUGCCUGGGGCCCUGUGGUGGAGGAGAGGAAAGCGGCGCUGGAAGCGGCCAUCGUGUCAGACGUUGACGCCGUUUUGAAGCGCACGUUUGUCUUCGACACCAACACCACCGUCAACUCCCUCGCCGCCAGUGGCGGUCUGGAGGUUCGCGUCACCGUGCAGCAGACGCUGCUGCCCGACGCCCCCACCCCGAAGCUGCAGAACCACUGGGGCCCGGAGGAGGUGAACUCGAUGAUCACUCGUUCAGGCUUCCCCGCGACGCUGGCGCUGUACCCGGGACCGGGCAAGGCCGUCCUCGUCAGCGCCUACGUCCCGGGCAACGGAAGGACGAUCUUUGUCGUGCACGGACACCUGCAUGUACAUGAUCGUCAUGGGU